AUGAAAUUUCUGCUUUACAUUUUCACCCUAGCCUUAUUGGCCGAAGCUGAACUCAAAGAUAUUUGUCUCGAUGGCACAGAACCUGAAAAAGACCUCCGCGAGCAUGUCAUCUGGUGCACUGUUGAUACGGAAUGUUCCAAUGGAAGAAAAUGCCAAUCAACCGGGCAAAUGCAUUUUGGGACACCCGUCGGGUUUUGUUGCUUGACGAAAGCGGAUCGUUGUUCGCUUCCGCUAAAUCCUGGAUACGGAGAUUGCUUCAAGCCAUCAGUUCAACGGUUCUACUUUGAUUCUGUGGAACUGAGAUGCAAGCCGUUUAUGUUUGUCGACUGCGUUGGAGGGAAUGAGAAUCGCUUCGAUUCCGCUCAUGAAUGUCAGAGAUUCUGCGAAAACACCGCUUGUAACGACGGGGAAGUGGUGCAAAUCGUGAAAGGAGAUGUAAAAGUGUGCGAUAUGAAUCAAAACGAGUGUCCAAACGGGUAUCAUUGUGCUUAUGAUGGGUUAUAUAGACGUCAUGUAUGUUGUGGGCACCCAAGAAGAGAAACUUGUCCGGCGGGAUACUUGGCUUAUCUAGAGCCAGGUACCUUGAGUGUCAAGCCAUGCCAGCCAAGUGCAGUGGCCGAUGGCUGCCCUGCAGAUUUUUUCUGCAUAACCCAAAGCACUGUCGGGUAUUGUUGCACACCGGAAAGAGAUAUCUGUCCCCUUGGCCAAAAACGAUACCUGCAUCCCGUGUCAGGAAGUACCCUAAAAUGUGACCCACUACUGUAUCCAUCUACCUGUCCUUCUAAACACCACUGUAUUGCUACGAUUACUGGUGCUAGAUGGGGAGCUUGUUGUGACGAGACCGUUACCGCGACUUGUCCUGAAUCUACCAAACCAUACAUUGAUGCCGUUUCUUCCCGACCCGUCAUUUGUACAGUUGGAGUGACACUUUGCGCUGAUGGAUUCGUCUGCCAGAGUGCUUAUCCAGGCGAUCUCAUCGGUUUUUGCUGCACAUUCUCACCGAAAACGACGCAAUUGAUCCUGUCGGAACUGCGAACACAUCAAAUGUCCAAAAACCUAUCGAUUGCCGAAGAGCCGCCAAAAAAUUCGACAGAGUCGGAAAUCAGCAAUCCAUUAGCUGUCAGCCACCACGAGUCGAUCUCCGACUUUUACUCAAAUAACCACGAGAAUCGAGUCCAGAAUUCUCACAUUGAGACGCCGAUCAGAAGGAUUAUUGAUAUUCAAAAAGAAGUCGACGCAGCUGCUGAAUCAAUUGGUUUCUACAAUACCAUGCCACCAGUGUUUAGCUCGACUACCCCGAAAUCGACGUUUAAAUACCUCGAAUGUCCUGGGGAUUCUUCACCAGUGUUUUAUCCUGGUACACAAUUGCUAAUGGAAUGUUCAGCAGCAAAGAAUAAAGAAUUUGAUUGCCCAGAAAAAGCUGAAUGUGUCUUGGCGCUAAAUGAUCUUUUUGGACGGAGUGUCUGCUGCCAGCCAUCAGAAGCUAGCACAGAGGAAAUAUUCCUCGUAACACCAAAACCGCUGCGAAUAUUAUAUCCGGAAAGUGACGAAACCGAUUUUGGCAGUCGCAUCGACACCGAGAGAUUUAUUUAUACCGUAACGCUUCGUGCUCCAGAAGUACCUAUUGAGAGGACAGUGGAUCCAUUCUGCCCGCGCAUAGUCAAAGACCGGAAAUGCUCGCCGGGAGCCCACGACGCGUGCCCGGAAUACAAAUUCUAUUGCCAAUAUAACAUUCAACACCGUGAUUUCCGUUGUUGUUCACUAGAGCAAAGCUAU